UCUGUCGACACCUGGCAAAUACGGCCUACAGAACCCAGGGGAAGUCCCCCCUGCGGAAGCUGCAUCUGGUCUCCCGAAGUGUUCGUCAUUCCUGCUGUCCGACUGCCAAGGCCCAAAGGCCUCCGUCGUGGGCCUCGGUGCAGCACUUCUCCACUCUGCGGCAUCUGCCCUUGCGCAGCACCCGGCUCCUUGUGCGGCAUGGAUUCCAACCCCACAGGAACUUUUGGUUGGCCCGAGUGGCAUCGCGGCUUCUAAAACUUCGCUACAUCCUCCUAGGAUCGGCCGUGGGCGGUGGCUACACUGCCAAAAAGACGUUUGACCAGUGGAAGGACAUGCUGCCCGACCUCGAGGAGUACAAGUGGAUUAUACCAGACUUCGUAUGGGAACUUGAGGAGUACAUUGACUUUGAAAAGCUUAGAAAGGCACUGCCGGACUCAGAAGACCUGGCCAAGCUGAUGCCUGACUUCGACAAGAUUGGCGAGAGCUUCGGUGCACUGACAGGCUUCUUCACGCCAGGUAACAAUUUGGUUAGUGAAGUCAUAGGAGCUUCUGAUCUACUUCUGUUGUUAGGCUCCUCGGGGGAAACAGCAUUCAGGGCCACAGACCAGGGGAGCGAGCAGCAGUACAAGAAGGGUCUCCUUGGCGAGCUCAUUCUCUUGCAGCAGCAAAUCCAUCAGCACGAAGAGGAGGCGCGCAGAGCCGCCGACCAAUCUGGCCCAGGGGCUGCCCAACAGAAACGAAAGGUUUCGGACAAAGAAAAGCUGGAUCAGCUCCAAGAGGAACUGCUGCGCACUCAGCUGAAAUACCAAAGGAUGCUUGAGCGGUUGGAAAAGGAGAACAAAGAGCUAAGAAAGAUCGUUCUGCAGAAGGAUGACAAGGGCAUUCAUCAGAGGAAGCUGAAGAAAUCCCUGAUUGAUAUGUAUUCUGAAGUCCUGGACACGCUGUCAGAUUACGAUGCCAGCUACAACACCCACGAUCAUCUACCUCGGGUCGUAGUGGUUGGAGACCAGAGUGCUGGGAAAACCAGUGUGCUCGAAAUGAUCGCCCAGGCCCGGAUCUUCCCUCGAGGCUCCGGAGAAAUGAUGACGCGGUCGCCUGUGAAGGUCACUCUCAGCGAAGGCCCUCACCAUGUGGCCGUCUUCAAGGAUAGCUCUCGAGAGUUUGAUUUGACCAAGGAGGAGGAUCUUGCAGCCCUGCGGAAUGAGAUUGAGAUCAGAAUGAGGAAGAGUGUGGGCGAAGGCUGCACCGUCAGCUCUGAGACCAUCUCCCUCAGUGUGAAAGGGCCCGGCCUGCAGAGGAUGGUGCUGGUGGAUUUGCCCGGCGUCAUUAGCACAGUGACGUCGGGGAUGGCUCCGGACACCAAGGAAACCAUCUUCAGCAUCAGCAAAGCCUACAUGCAGAACCCCAAUGCCAUCAUCCUCUGCAUCCAAGAUGGGUCGGUGGAUGCGGAACGCAGCAUCGUCACCGACUUGGUCAGCCAAAUGGACCCCCAGGGCAAAAGGACGAUCUUCGUUUUGACCAAAGUGGACCUCGCCGAGAAAAACGUGGCCAGUCCAAGCCGGAUCCAGCAGAUAAUCGAAGGAAAACUCUUCCCAAUGAAGGCCCUUGGCUACUUUGCAGUUGUUACAGGGAAAGGAAAUAGCAGUGAAAGUAUUGAAUCUAUUCGAGAGUAUGAAGAAGAAUUCUUCCAAAACUCCAAACUGCUGAAGAACUGCAUGUUGAAGGCCCAUCAGGUGACCACGCGGAACCUCAGCCUGGCCGUCUCGGACUGCUUUUGGAAGAUGGUGCGCGAGUCUGUGGAGCAGCAGGCAGAUGCUUUCAAAGCGACACGUUUUAACCUGGAGACGGAGUGGAAGAACAACUAUCCCCGCCUGCGGGAGCUUGACCGGAAUGAACUGUUUGAGAAAGCGAAGAACGAAAUCCUGGAUGAAGUCAUAAGCUUGAGCCAGGUGACGCCAAAGCACUGGGAGGAGAUCCUGCAGAAGUCCUUGUGGGAGAGGGUCUCGACACACGUGAUAGAAAACAUCUACCUCCCCGCAGCGCAAACCUCCAAUUCGGGGACCUUUAACACCACGGUGGACAUCAAGCUCAAGCAGUGGACGGACAAGCAGCUGCCCAACAAGGCCGUCGAGGUUGCCUGGGAGACCCUGCAGGAGGAGUUCUCUCGCUUCAUGACUGAGGAGAAGGGUAAAGAGCACGACAACAUCUUCGACAAACUGAAGCAGGCUGUCAAGGAUGAGAGCGUCAAGCGGCACAAGUGGAACGAGCGGGCAGAAGACAGCCUGCGAGUGAUCCAGCACAACGCUUUGGAGGACCGCUCCAUCUCGGACAAGCAGCAGUGGGAUGCAGCCAUCCAGUUCAUGGAAGAAACGCUUCAGAGCCGCCUGAAGGACACCGAAUCGGUUAUUGAGGACAUGGUGGGCCCGGACUGGAAGAAGCGGUGGCUGUACUGGAUGGGGCGCACCAAAGAACAGGCCAUCCGCAACGAAACAAAGAAUGAGCUUGAGAAGAUGAUCAAGUGCAACGAGGAGCACCCGGCCUACCUCGCGAAUGACGAGGUCACGACAGUCCGGAAGAACCUCGAGGCGCGAGGGGUGGCGGUCGAUCCAUGCUUGAUUAAAGACACCUGGCACCAGGUGUACAGGCGGCACUUCCUGAAGAGGGCCCUGGGCCACUGCAACCUCUGCCGGAGAGGCUUCCACUACUACCAGCGGCACUUUGUCGACUCGGAGCUGGAGUGCAACGACGUGGUCCUGUUCUGGCGAAUCCAGAGGAUGCUGGCCAUCACGGCCAACACGCUGAGGCAGCAGCUGGCCAACACGGAAGUGAGGCGCCUGGAAAAGAAUGUCAAAGAGGUGCUGGAGGAUUUUGCGGAGGACAGUGAGAAGAAGGUAAAGCUGCUGACGGGGAAACGAGUCCAGCUUGCCGAGGACCUCAAAAAAGUUCGAGAGAUCCAGGAAAAACUCGAAGUCUUCAUCGAGGCCCUCCAUCAAGAAGAGAAGUAGAUGUUCCGUGCAGCAGACCUCCCCAUCCAGACGAGGCCCCUUUCGGGAACACGCGCCACUGAAAAUGGCCGAGCGGAACCCUUCCAGUCUUCUCCUUCUCCUUGUUUUGCUUCUUAAGAAUGCCCUAAAGUGUGCCGAAGGCAACGCGGUAAUUAUACGGAGACUCAGUGAUGAAGUGUGUUCUUUGGAUGGUGCGAGAGAAACCGCCCCACCAGCAGGAGCCCGGCUGGAUGGCCGUGUGGUGGCGAGCUGGACCGGCGUCCCGGUUGUGCCGUGUUCUUUCGGUUUGGCGUUCGUGCAGCCUCGGAGCGCAAGGAGGGGCUUCGCUGCCGGCCGGGCGGGUUCUCCGGCCUCCAGGCGUUUUAGCCAGCCGUGGGCUCUGCUGUGGGCCGCACUUGCAGGCCGUAAAAUAACCUUUUAGCAUUUGUACAUAUAUUGGUCACAUGUUCUGA